AUGAGUGAUUUCAACCAAGUCGCCGAAGCAUUCGUAAAGUUCUACUACGAGACCUUUGACUCCAACCGAGAACAACUUGGUCCCCUUUACAGAGAGCACUCCAUGUUGACCUUCGAGGGCCAACAAUUCAGUGGUGCUGGCAACAUUGUCCAAAAGCUUGCGUCUUUGCCCUUCCAAAAGGUGGCUCACCGUAUCAGCACCAUCGACGCACAGCCAAGCAACCCUUCCGUUGCCAGCCUCAUCGUUUCUGUGACCGGUCAGCUUUUGGUUGAUGAGGAGCAGAACCCUCAAAUGUUCUCCCAAAGCUUCAACCUGGUUCCUGAGGGUAACUCGUACUAUGUCUUCAAUGACAUUUUCCGCUUGAACUACGCGUAA